AUGGAAAUUGCUUUUGACGAAGAAGGAAAUAACGCAAAUGGAAAGAUCAAUAGAAGCCCAUCUAACUGUGCUAACGUUUCGGGGGUAUCUUCCGAGUCGGUUUUUGGUGCAAGGAAAAGUAGCGACGAUCGUGAUGAUGAUCACGGCGAUGGUUACCACCAUGGUGUAAGCUUCUACGAUGCGGAAAGUGUAAAUGGGGCAAAAGGACAUUCAGAGAGGAAAUUCAACAGUGAGGAGGAACACUCGGAGGAGCACUCGGAAGAACACUCGGAGGAUCUGCUAAAAGGGAAUAUUAAUGAAGGGGGGUUGCUACCUCGAGACGAAAUGUACAAUUCCUACACGGAUGACGAGUUGGAAAAGUUUUUUGAGGAUGAAGAAAAUGAAGUGGACGGAAUGAACAACAAAUCUGCGCAUUUAAUGCAGGGAGACCGCUUAGGAGUAGACAAUUCUGCUUCGAUAAAAGGUGGGGCAUGGCUGCCAAGAGGGGACGAUAACGAUCUGCUCAAAAAAGUCGAUAGCAAUUUUUUAAUGGAAGAAGAAUACGAAAAUUUUUACAGUAACCAGGAUUUUUCCCCCUCGAUACAUGGCGAAGAGGGCGGAAUGAAACCAUUUGAUGAACAUAAAGAGGAAGAGUCAGACAGCUCCUCCCACAAUGACACCGUUAUCAAUAAAAGUUUCGAGCGACAUUUUACGUUGGGGACUAAGAAGCUGACGUUAAAUACGGACGUCACAGACCCCAAGGAUUUGGGAAACGGACCGAAUGAUGAUUUGUCCUUUAUGAGCAACUCGUCGCACAGUGCUGCGAGAUCGAAUUUGGUAGAGGAGGAGAAAAAGGGGGAGUCAGGUGGGAGUAACUCUGCGAGGGGAGAUAUCGAAAGCUCGAAGGGAGGCAAUAUUGGCGAUGUUGGGGAGGGUGAAGGUGACCCUGGGGGGAAAAACCAAAACGCAACGGUGAAAGAAGAAAAAAUAAAGCGCGAAGACGCAGGCAUUAACUCCGUCGAAGGGGAGACAUCAAAAAAUGAAAUUUCUCAGGGGGACGAGUUAAAUAGUCCACAAAAGGAUGACAUCAAAAGCACGAAUGAAGAUAAGGUGAAGGAAGAAAGGCCCAAUUUGUGUGAUGAUAAAAAAGAAGAUGAAGAAAAAGACGAUGUGGAAAGUGAAAAGUUGAACAAUCUGGACAGUCUACACUAUUUUGAAAAUAAAGAAUCUCAAGAGAGUGCAAAUAAUUCGAAAUUUUUAUUUAAGAAAAAAAAAAUCCAUGAAGAUCAAAGCACCCCCUUGUGGUAUAAACACAAAAGGCACUUUUUUAUUUUCACCUAUUCAGGGAAACCAGUCUUUACAAAUAUGGUAAUGAAGAAAAUUUGACAAGUUUUUAUGGGACUCUGUUAGCAAUUAUAUCAAAAAUUGAGUCAUUUUCCUUUUCAGAUUUUUGUACAGAUACAAAGACAAAUAAAAGGUGCACAGGAAUGUACACAAAAAAUUCUUUAAAAUGUAUUAUGAGUAAAAAUACCAAGGUGGUUUAUUUGGACAAGGAAGUUUUAUGUUUAGUAUGCAUUUCUAAGGCUAAUGAAAGUACGAACUACAUUUUGCAGAUUUUAAAUUAUAUGUAUUUUCAAAUUAUAUCUUUAUUAACCAAAAGCAUUGAAAAUUUUUUUCAAAUAAAACCGUCAUUUGACAUAAGAUAUUUGUUGGACGGCGCUGAUGUCCUCAUGUGCAAUUUAAUAUCUUCAUGUUCAAGAAAUAUGUAUUCCAUUUUUGAUGGUUUUGAGCCCUUGCCAUUAAAACAGGAUUAUCGGAACAAAAUUCACAAUUUGAUUUCUUCCUUCAAAAUUAACAACGUCCUGUUGUCCUUCUUAAUUGUGCAUGAUAAAAUUAUAGGUAUAUCUGUAUCGAAGUAUGCUAUCCACUCGAUGGACGUGAUAAUCCUCAUCAAUAUGAUAACGUCUAUGAAGUCCUUUAAGAAUGCCGAAUCGUGGACGCCCAUUUGUUUGCCUAUUUAUAACCCAAACCUUUUCCUGUAUGCCUACAUCAACUACAUUAGGAAAAAAAUCUGCUGCGUGUACAUCUGCUCGCAUGCGUCGUCCCGAGACUUUUUCCACCUCUCCAGACACACCUCCAUGAUUGAAACGAUGCUAAUCAGCUCAGGUUGCUACGACGAAAUUGUGAAAGCGUCAGACAACUCCCCAUUUGCUCUCCCAGAAAUCCCGGGAAUCGACAUCAUUCACGUGUGCUACUACAUCCCAUACCUAAAGCAGUAUUAUAGCUCCAAAAUUAACCUCGAUAAGGUGAAAAGAAUUUUCAGAGUGUACCAAAAGUGCGACGACAUAUUAAGAGAUUCCAAAUUACCUGCUCAAAUAUACCUGGAGGCGGAGUAUGAAAAAUUCUACUGCAUCAAAACGAAUCUCUAUCACUUAUAUUUGUCCGUCCCGUUUCAUGUCGAGGUGAACGAUGAUAAUAUCAAUGAAAUUUUAAAAGUUAUAGCGGCGCACCAUAAGGAAAUAUUUAUUAACAACAUAAAGCAGAUUACUUCAUAA